UUUAAACAAAAAUAUAAUGGAAGGCAAGAACGUGUCGACGCACCCGGACGUUCCCGGCGAGGCAACCCAUACCGGCACCUCCCUCCUGGAAACCGCCACCGCCGCUAUCCAGGGUUUCGGCCCCGUCAACAAGAUCCACCAACACCUCUGCGCGUUUCAUUUCUACGGGCACGACAUGACGCGGCAGGUGGAGGCGCACCACUUCUGCGGCCACCAAAACGAGGAAUUCCGGCAGUGCCUGAUCUACGACAGCCCGGGCGCGGACGCCCGCCUCAUCGGGCUAGAAUACAUCAUCACGGAGGCGCUGUUCUUGACUCUUCCGGACAGCGAAAAGACGCUGUGGCACUCGCACGAGUACGAGGUGAAGAGCGGGGUGCUGUUCAUGCCGGGCGUGCCGGGUCCCAUCCAGCGCAAGGACAUGGAGUUAGUGUGCAAAACAUACGGUAAGGUUAUACACUUUUGGCAGGUGGAUCGCGGUGAUAACCUCCCCCUGGGUAUCCCUCAGAUCAUGAUGGCACUCACCAGAGAUGGCCAACUCUACGACACCCUUGCUCAAGAUGUCGAGAAGCGUUACAAGGUCUCGUUUGCGGAAGAGAAGGAGAAAAGGGCGUACAUUAAGGGGUUGGAGAAUGGGAUUCAUCCCCUAGCAAACGCAGGGGGAGUUGGGAUCCAAACAGUGCUUAGAGAGGUGGAUUGCAGCACUAAGCCUGUACAGUCCUCUACUGCUCCACCAAGAGUCUUUGUUUAACACUUUCAAAGUGUAGUGCACUCAGUGGCUUCAUCCCCAGCCUCCUCCCGAGCAGGAGGAUCAUGGUGUUCGUAGGGUUGGUGUCUAGUGUUCAUAGAGUUUAUAUGUACCGUACAUAGGAUAUCAAGUUAUAGUUGAGAAUACUAAGCAAUAUAUGUCUACAACGAGAAAUAAAAAGGGGUGAAUCAUGGUCCUCUUUGUUCAUACAUCCAAUAAAAAUGAAACAUUUGGUGGGGAUAAAAGUGGGAAUGCUGUGAAUUUAAUUGUAAAUGUACUAUUAAUAAUA